AUGCAGCAGCUCUCUCUCCUUGUCCUGCUACCCCUCGUAGCAGCACACGCCCUCUCCCCAAACCCCGUUUUCACGAAUCCAGUGUCUGUUUCCGGCUUCAAGAUCCCUACCUCUAGGGAAUCUGCGGUCCAAGCAAGAAGAAUACUUCACCUUACACCGCUGGCAACACUGGCUACCGUCUUCCCAUCCGAGAAAUCGCAUUCCCAGGAUGAUGCAGAGACGACAGAACAAAGACCGCAGGGCCUGGGAGGUGUGCCUAUUGGACUGAUGGACUACUUCGCAGACUGCGAGUCCACCGGAAACCCCACCAUCCUCGCCAUCAACAUCGCGACGUCCUUCAAGAACGUCGCGGCCGGGUCCAACAUCUCCAUGUCCCUAAGCUGGACACCGCCGUCUCCACCGCAGCCCUCCUACUUCAACCCGCUCUCCUACUUUUCGCCCAACGACCCUAGGCCCCUGCCCUACUCGGCAGCCUCGCUCCCGCGCUUCUCGCUCAUCGGGAAGCUAGAGCCAAUUUCUCCUGACCUGGUCCAAUCGCUCAAGCUGGCGAAAUGCUUUACCAAUAAGCACCCAGACGCAAAGUACUGGCUCCCAGGGAAUCCGGUGCAUACUAGUACGUGGGUCAGACUGGUUGUCGAAGAAGUGUACUGGAUUGGCGGCUUCGGAGAUCGUGCAUACAUCGGGUGGAUCCCUAUUGAGGAGUGGAAGAGUGUGGAGAGGAGUGAGUGGGAGGGCAUCAGGUUGCCCGGAGAGGAAAAGGGAGGGAAGGGGUGGAUGGACUGGCUGAGAGGGGAGCUGUAG